AUGGCCACGCACGCCACCAUGGACCUCUCUGCCAUCUACGAGAGCCUCCUGUCAUUGAAUUCUGACCUACCAUCCGACCACGGAGGAACUGAGUCGUCGGGACUUUGGAGCAUGAACUCAUCUGACUCCAGCGCGUCUGGGCUCACCUCCCGCCUGACUGGCCGCUCCACCAACCUGGUGGAGGGUCGAAGCUGUAGCUGGGUGCCCCCACCUCCUUGCUUUGCACCAUUGGUUCCUCAUCCGGGCUCUGAGCUGCUGCCCUCACCCACUUCGCCUACUGCCACCCCCACCAGUGCCGCCCGCUACAAGACUGAGCUCUGUCGGACCUUCUCCGAGAGUGGACGCUGUCGCUACGGGGCAAAAUGCCAGUUUGCCCAUGGCCUGGGUGAGUUGCGCCAAGCCAAUCGCCACCCCAAAUACAAGACUGAACUCUGCCACAAGUUCUACCUCCAGGGCCGCUGUCCCUAUGGCUCACGAUGCCACUUCAUCCACAACCCCAACGAGGAUUUGGCCACCCCCGGUCACCCCCACGUGCUGCGUCAGAGCAUCUGUUUCUCUGGUUUGCCCUCGGUCCGCCGGCCAUCGCCGCCACCUCCACCACCACCACCAGGCUUGUCUGGUCCUUCCUGGUCCUCGUGUUCCUUCUCGCCCUCCAGCUCUCCGCCACCAUCUGUGGACUAUCUGCUUUCCCCCUCUGCCUUCUCUGCUGCCCCUGGAACCCCUGUGACUCGAAGGGACCCCACCCCAGCCUGUUGCCCCUCCUGCCGAAGGUCUACUCCUGGCACCAUCUGGGGGCCCUUGGGUGGCCUGGCUCGGAGCCCAUCCGCACACUCCCUGGGAUCCCAUCCUGAUGAAUAUGCCAGCAGCGGCAGCAGCCUGGGGGGAUCUGACUCACCUGUCUUUGAGGCUGGGGUGUAUGGGCCACCCCAGACCCCUGCACCUCCACGGCGUCUCCCCAUCUUCAAUCACAUCUCUGUUUCAGAGUGA